GCAAAUCGUACGGAAUGUUUUGGUAGUUGCACCAAGUACUGUCAAACUGCUUUAAACAGUACUUUGAAAGCGAAAGGUUUUCCCCAGUAGGAGCGGGCUGCUCUCCUCCCCAGUCUGCAGGAUGACCCAGUCGUCAGACCACAGGGUGCUGGCUCUGGGGGUCCUGACUUGUGCAACAGGGAUCAGUUUGGCCAUCAUGCUGUACCAGACCAGGAAGAGCAGACGGAGAGCCUCUUGGCCAAAGCUCCACCUCAGUUCCAACGAUGAGCGUGGAGUGGGUGGGCUCGUGGUGGUGGACGGCUCCGUUCUCCAGGGGGGGCAGGCCGAGGUGCUGGAACGUCUCGGAGCACUGAUGCAAAGUGUGUCGGAGCUGAAGGAUGAGGUGCGGGCGCUAAAGGAAGCCCUCCCAAUGCUGCAGGACCAUGUGAGGGAUGAGCUGAGGGGGCGUGGUGGGCAGGUGGCUACUGUGCGUAGGGCCAGUCCCCUCCACCGGGCCACCCCCUCUCGCAGGCGGAGAGUGGCAGGGGCCGCGGCAAGAGCCGAGGGUCAAAGUUCAGAGGAGGCAGAAAGCGAAGGGGGGUACAUGACAGCGUUGACAGAUUCUGAGGAAGGGGAGCAGAGCGAAGGAGAUCAGAGUGGGGAGGAACAGGUUCCUGUGGACGAGCUGUCUGUGCUCCUGGGGAGGGUCGACGUUCUGCAUAAAGGGACAGAAGCCGACAAGAGAGAGUCUCUCGCUACGCUGCUGGAGAAGAAGGAGGAGUUUGGAUGCAAUUCUCAGUUCUUAUGGCGAUUCGUCCGUGCCUACUCUGACCUUCAUGACAUCAGCUCCAACGCAGAAGAGAAGAAAGCCCAUGCUGAAACUGGGAAGAAGGUUGGAGAGGAGGCUGUAACGUUGGACCCCACCAGUGCUGAAAUCCACCAGUGGUAUGCCAUCAUGUGUGGUAUCAUGGCAGAGUAUGAGACUGUCCAGAAUAGGAUAAAGAAUGGUUAUAUCUUUAAGGAACAUCUAGAUAAAGCCAUCGAGCUGAAGCCUCUGGACCCCAUGUCCUACUACUUGCUGGGUCGUUGGUGUUAUGCGGUGGCCCAGUUGUCCUGGAUUGAGAGGAAAGUUGCUGCUACAUUGUUUGGGGAGCCUCCAAGUGCCACCGUCCAAGAUGCUCUUGAGUACUUCCUCAAGGUGGAGGAGCUCAGUCCCAAAUAUUCCAAACUCAACUAUGUGUUUUUAGCCAAGUGUUACAAAGACCUGGGUCAGAAAGGCCAGGCUAAGAAGAUGUGUGAAGAUGCAUGCUUAAUGGACACAGUCUCCAAAGAGGAUGAAGAGGCACAGAAGGAGCUGGACUUACUUCACCCAUCGCUAGGUUAAGGACUUUGAGGACCAAGGGUUAUAUCUAACUACCCACAAGACCCUGAACUUCCAUGCUCUUUAAGGGAACCAAAAGUCUGUCCUCAGUAGCAGUAUCCACAGGGAGCCUUGUGACAGAGGGGGGACAGAGUAUUUGCUGGUGCACUCUGUGAGUGGAGGUGACUGAAUCAGCUGUGUGAAGGAUCACAUUGUGUAAAAUCUCCAAACACAAAAGUCUAUCGCUGUUAUCUGGAAAAACGUUUACAAUGUUUCAUUUGUAUUCAUCUGGUUGUGCCGCAAACAGUAACAUACCUGGAGUCCCAGGUGACAUCUUUGAUCAGAAACUACAAUUACAACCUAUCAAGGGACCUUGAGGUUAAUUCCGGCACAUUAAAGCAUAUUACAUUGUAUUAUGUAGCUAGAUAACAAUUCUAAUGGAAGAUUUUAACAGUCAUUUAUUUUAUCCAUGUUGGAGUCCCCUAUCAUAUCAGCAACACAUAUGGAUGCAUAUCAAGUAAGACUGUAUGACAUUGAUUAUUGCACUGAUCUUACCUGCAUUGGCAUGCUCUACAGUGUGUUUUAUAUAUCCCGAAGUUCCUCUUAACUGCCUGGUUUUGACUAAAUGAUAUUCAAGUCUUGUUGUUCUUUCUCUCUCUCUCCAUGUCCUGUCUUUGUUUUACCCAGUAUCCCCCCAUCUCUGACAUCUUUUCAAAUAUUUGUCAUUUUUAGAAAACACCUGAAAAGACUCCAGGGUCAUGGUCCUGUCAUCUUUAUAGUCAGAGUUGAGCAUAGCAGACUGUCUGUAGUGGAGCGACGGGUCUAGUACCGAUCUAGGGGAGAUCUACACUUCUGGACGGUACCAGUCUUACCUGAUAUCAUGGUGCUGUACUUUGUAUUCCAACAGCAUUCAUUGGCAUAGAAAUUGAUACAGUGAUUUUGAUACAAUAUUUUUUAAUUUUAAACUUUGGAUAGUGGAUUAUGUAUGUCAGUUUAACGUUGAUAUCUUUUAGGAUUAUUUUCUGGUAAAAUAAAAUAUUUUGGUUAUUGGCUGCUGAUGAGUUAAGGUUGUAUAACCUUGAUGGUGUGCACGAUGGUCCUCCAAUUGAACUUUAUGAAUGAUUAAAUGUCUUGCCCUCUAUGUUAAUGUUUCUGUUUCAGAAAAGGCAAUUGAUUGUGUUUUUGUCUCGACUUAUACUGUUUGUUGUGAAGUAAAUUGUCUUAAAAAUAUAAAAUGUAUAUAAUCAGUACACAAUGUAGAAAUGCUACAUCACACACUACUCAAUGGCAGUGGAGUAUCUCCUUGCCAUUUAAGUCAAUAAAUAUGUGCAAUCCA